AUGGCUCAGGAGAAAAUGGAGCUGGACUUUGAGCCUGACACAUCUGAGGGGGGCAUCCUGAGGAGAUCCAACAGCGCUCCCAUGAUCUAUGGGGUCAGUGACCUUUCACAGAUUUUUCAGCCAUACACGGUGAGAGCUCGGAGGAACAGUACCACGAUUAUGAACCAACACAGCUUGUUGCCGUCCUCUUCAUCUCACCGUAUUCCUAGUAGCAGACUGCAUCAAAUCAAGAGGGAAGAAGGGGUGGAUAUGAUGAACCGAGAGACUGCGCAUGAAAGGGGAGUACAGACAGCAAUGCAGAUAAGCCAGUCAUGGGAUGAGAGCCUGAGCCUGAGUGAUAAUGACUUCGACAAGCCAGAGAAAUUAUAUUCUCCUAAGAGAAUUGAUUUCACUCCAGUUUCUCCAGCUCCCUCCCCCACCAGAGGAUUUGGAAAGCAAUGUUUCUCACCAUCCUUACAAAUGUUUGUGAGUAGCAGUGGAUUACCACCAAAUCCUCUUCCUAGUCCAAGACGAUUUUCAAGGCAAAUUCAAAGUCCAGUCAAGUGCAUUAGACCCAGCGUCCUUGGUCCUCUUAAAAGAAAAGGUGAAAUGGAGACAGAAAGCCAGCCCAAGAGACUCUUCCAGGGCACUACCAACAUGCUGACUCCUGAUGCUGCCAAACUGGCUGAUCUCAGUUCAUGUUCAGAUAUUUUGGAUGGCAGUAAUAGCAGCAGUGGCUUGUCCUCAGACUCCCUGGCUAAAGGCAGCACUCCCGCAGAGGUUCCAGUAGCAUGCUCCAAUUCCUGCUCCUCGUUCAUCUUGAUGGAUGAUCUCUCACCCAAGUGA